AUGCAUAUCCCAAAAUCAUGGAAGGCAGUCUUCAUCCUGCUCAACCAUGGCUUUAUGCUCAUCUCCCCUGCAAUCGCUUCUGGGAAUAUCCCUCCGCCCAUGGCAAAGCAUAGCCUCGUCUUUGGUGUAUCCUUGGAUGGUAUCCAAGGAGAACAGUCUUCCGUCAAUCCCGACCUUGUAUUGCGAGCAGCUCCACCAAAGAAAGACGAGAAAAAAUGCGACCGAUGCCGACCACGAUGCAAGCGAAUGAUGAUUCAUGACCGCAAAGAUUGCACGAAAUGCAACCGAUGCCCGCCCAAGACGCACCCUGAUCCGAAGCAGAAGAAGUGCCUUCCCGACAGCAAAGAAGAUAAGAAGAAGAAAUUCGAGGACAAGAAGGGUAGGGAAAAGCGAGAUUAUGACUUCAAGAAGAACUAUCACAAGUUCCGGCCCAAGCCACUCAGAUUUCAGAGGAAGUUGUCUGUCGAGAGGAGGAAACAUAAGGAGCUUUUGGAUAUUAAGCGAGAUACGCUCAAUCGCAUGAAAGUGCGCCGCCUCGGGAGAUGUGCCCUCCUCACCCCCUUGGCCAUAGGCGGAGAAGCAAUCGAAAAGUACACCACUGGCUUUUUUGACGAAAGCUUCAUGGAAAGCAUGCAGCUCCUCGACCUCUGGCCUGAGGAACUGAAAAAUGCUGAUCCAGAAUACCUGAGCAAGCACAUAUUUACGGACGAAUAUCUCGAUCUGUAUGUGGACUUUGCGGAAGAACACUAUACCAAGAGGUCCAUCGAUUACGCCGCCCCAGAAAGCCAGGUGCAACGCGACGAUGAACAAGAGAUGGGGCUCAUUAUCAGCCCAUCCACACGAGAUCUUUCCAUUCGUUCCAUCGGGGCCAUCGAUAUCGACCGUCGGUGUGGAUUUUUGUGUUUUCUCAUACCCAUCGCCCGACUCAUUGCACAAUUGGUUUUGCGAGUUGCCUCUCGGGCUGCUGCCAGAGCAGCCAAGUCCGCUGCCACCAGAGUUAGCAAAAUCCUCAAAGAUAUCUCGAAGAACCUCAAGCUUACCAAGGGCAAAGGGGAUAAGUCUUUUCGGGAGCAGAAGGAUGCGGCAAGAGAUAUAUCAAAGAACCGGAAUUGGAUGAAAUGCCUUCGCGGAGAGAAACCGACGAAGUGA